AUGAGCUCAGUGCAAAAGUUCUUUGGAAAGAAGACGCCGCCAGACGAGGCGGUCCGCAAGUGGCGUCAAAGCAUUCGCAACCAGGAGCGUUCUUUAGAUAGACAAUUGCGUGGGAUCGAGAUCGAGGAAGCAAAAGUGAAAAAAAGUAUGAAACUUUUGGCGAAAAAAAAUGAUGUAAAAGGAUGUAAAAGUUUAGCAAAGGAGUUGGUUCGGAGCAAAAAACAAAAAGAUAGGAUCUAUACGAGCAAGGCUCAGUUGAACAGUAUUGUAAUGCAACUACAACAUCAGUUGGCCGUGUUAAAGGUAUCUGGAGCACUGCAAAAAAGCACAGAUAUUAUGAAAAUGGUCAAUCAACUUGCCAGACUUCCCGAGAUAUCACAAGCGAUGCAAGAAUUAUCUAUGGAGAUGACGAAGGCUGGUAUCAUUGAUGAAAUGAUAGAAGAUACUUUUGAAACCUUAGAGGAAAGUGAUGUAGAAGACGAGGCCGAGGAGGAAGUAAAUAAAAUAUUGUUUGAGGUUACUAAUGGAAUGCUCGGCGAAGGAGGCGAAGUUGGCGAAGUAUUGCCAACCAAAGAGGAGGUGGUGGAAGAAGAACCCGAGCUCAAUGAGAUGCAGGCUCGAUUACAAGCACUUAAGACUUAA